AUGGCUUCAGCGGUGAAUAACACCGCAACAAUCGAUGAUGAUAUAACAUCUAAUACAUGUAAACGACGUCGUUCAUCAAUAAUAUCUUCAAAUGAUACAUUAAUUGAACAAUCGCCGUUAAAGCGUAUUCGUUCAUCAUCACCAACAAAUCUUCAAACAAUGUUUUCAUGUUUAAAUGAUAUUGUUCAAUCACAUCGUAUUUUAGUACGUGAAUAUAUUGAUUUACAAAUGCGUGAUCGUACUGAUUUAUCAAUUGAUGAACAACGUUUUAUAAAAGCUGAACAAGAUCUUAUUGAAAAAGUUGAAAAAAAUUUACAAGAUAUAAAUACAUCAUUAACAUUAAAACAAUUACCAAAUAAAUUAUCUGUUGAUCGUGUUAAACAUGAAAGUAAUGUAUUAAAACGUAUUGAUGAAUUAAAAACAAAUGGUAAAUGGUCAAAUCAACGUUUAGUUAAAUAUAUUGAACCAAAAAAACGUAAAACACAUUGGGAUUAUUUACUUGAUGAAAUGCGUUGGUUAGCUGAAGAUUUUGCACAUGAAAAACGUUGGAAACAAAUGAUGGCUAAAAAACUUUCAUUAGCUAUAUUAAAAUAUUUUCGUGAAAAAAAUCAAGCUGAAAAUCAACAACAACGUGAUGAAAUAAAACGUUUACGUAAACAAGCUUUAUUUGUAUGUAAAGAAGUAAUGAGUUUUUGGAAAAAUAUGCAUAAAAUAGCUGAAUAUAAAGAACAAACACGAAUACAAGAAUUACGUAAACAUCAAUUAGAUUUACAUUUAAAUUUUAUUGUUGAUCAAACAGAAAAAUAUUCAGAUUGGCUUAUUAAAUCAUUAAAAACAGAAACAAAUAAUAAUGAUAAUGAUGAUGAAGAUUUUAAUAUAACAGAAGAUAUGAAUGGUGAUGAUAAUGAAGAAACAAUUGAACGUGAAGAACAAGAGGAACAAGAUGAUUAUGCUAUUAAUGAAAUAAAAGAAUUAGAAGCUGAUAAAGAAGAAUCUAUUGAUGCAUUAUUAAAACGUUAUUAUGGUAUUGAUUUAUCAAAUUCAUCAAGUGAAAAAGAAAAUAAUAUACCUAUUGAAAUAAAACAAAAUGAUAAUGAAAAAAAUAAUUUAUCUGAAGAAGAAGAAGAAGAAGAAGAAGUAGAAGACGAAGAAGAAGAAGAAAAUGAUGAUGAAGAAGAAUUAGCAAAUGAUUUAAUAAAAAAUAAAGAAAUGAAUGAUUUAGCAACAACAGCACAAGCACUUCAACCAACAGGUUUUACACUUAAUACAACAGAAGUUAAAACACCGGUGCCAUUUUUAAUUAAACAUUCAUUAAGAGAAUAUCAACAUGUUGGUUUAGAUUGGCUUGUCACAUUAUAUGAAAAUAAACUUAAUUGUAUAUUAGCUGAUGAAAUGGGUUUAGAUCGUAUUUUUAUAAAAAGUGUACAUUAUCAUAUUCUUUUAGGUAAAACAAUCCAAACAAUUGCUUUACUUGCUCAUUUAGCAUGUGAAAAAGGUGUUUGGGGUCCACAUUUAAUUGUUGUUCCAACAAGUGUUAUGCUUAAUUGGGAAUUAGAAUUUAAAAAAUGGUGUCCAUCAUUUAAAAUUUUAACUUAUUAUGGUUCUGUUAAAGAACGUCAAUUAAAACGUCAAGGUUGGACAAAAGUUAAUGCAUUUCAUAUUUGUAUAACAUCAUAUAAACUUGUUUUACAAGAUGCUAAAGCAUUUCGUCGUAAAAAAUGGAAAUAUUUAAUCUUAGAUGAAGCACAAAAUAUAAAAAAUUUUAAAUCACAACGUUGGCAAACAUUAUUAAAUUUUCAUUCACAACGUCGUUUAUUAUUAACAGGUACACCAUUACAAAAUUCAUUAAUGGAAUUAUGGUCAUUAAUGCAUUUUUUAAUGCCAAAUUUAUUUUCAUCACAUCAAGAAUUUCGUGAAUGGUUUUCAAAUCCAUUAACAGAAAUGAUUGAACAAGGACAAAUGAAUUCAAAUGAUUUAUUAAUUAAACGUUUACAUAAAGUUUUACGUCCAUUUAUAUUACGUCGUUUAAAAAUUGAUGUUGAAAAACAAAUGCCAAAAAAACAUGAACAUGUUAUUAUGUGUGAUUUAUCAAAACGACAACGACAAUUAUAUGAUGAUUUUAUACAAUGUAAAACAACACGUGAUGUUAUACAACAAGGACAUUAUAUGUCUGUUAUUAAUAUACUUAUGCAAUUAAGAAAAGUUUGUAAUCAUCCAGAUUUAUUUGAAUCAAGACCAAUUAUAUCACCAUUUACAAUACAAAAAAAAAUAAUUAAUUAUGAAAUACCAAAAUUAAUUGAUGAAAUUUCUUUAAAAUAUCCAUAUUUAAAUUUUAAUUUACCACCAAAUGAUACAUUUCUUUGUUUUCGUAUUAAAUUUACUUUACAAGCAACAAGAGAUAUGAUAUUUGAUUCAAUUAAUCAUAUUGAUGAUAAUAAUAAUAAUAAUAAUAAUCGACAAAUUAUACAAUUAACUUCAGAUAUUAUUGAACGAUAUAGAAAUACUUCAUUAUGGUAUCAAGCAAAUACACAAACUAGAAUUACACGUAAUCGUCAAUCAAUAAAAUUGAUUACACCAGCAGAUUUUAUUGAUGAUGAAUUUCAACCAGAAAAUAUUUUUUUUGAAAUUUGUAAACAACGUCAACGUGAACGUUUAUCUCGUUAUGAAUUACUUUGUCGUUUAAAUACAGAUCGUUGUCAAUCUCGACCAUUAUAUGGUUCAGAUGUUUUAACACAAGUUGAAUUAGCUAUGCGUCCAUGUAAUAAUCAAAGACGAACAACAUUUAGUGGAUAUACAUUAUGUCAUGAUGUACAUAAACAAUUAAAUACAAUUAAAGAUUAUUUUUCAACAACAAAUACACUUCAAAAAUUAAUUAAAUCAAAUAAAGAUAUAUUAAAUGAUUUUCAAGAUAUAUUAGAUCGAUUUAUUAUGUGUACAACAAAAGUAAUUGCAUCACCUAUUGAAUUAUGUCAACUCAAUGGUAUUAAUAGACGAGAUAAAAUUAUUCAACAAAAACCAUUAAUAGAAGUAUUAUCAUCAACAGAUUUUCAAGUACUUUCAUCAAUUAAUCAAAUAAAACAAAAUAUGUUUUUACAAUUUCCUGAACGACGUUUAAUACAAUAUGAUUGUGGUAAAUUACAAACACUUGAUAUACUUUUAUCACAAUUAAAACGUGAAAAACAUCGUUGUUUAAUAUUUACACAAAUGACAAAAAUGCUUGAUAUACUUGAAUUAUUUUUAAAUUAUCAUGGUUAUACAUAUGUACGAUUAGAUGGUACAACACAAAUUGUACAAAGACAAAUGUUAAUGGAACGUUUUAAUAGUGAUGAAAAAAUAUUUGUUUUUAUUUUAUCAACACGUGCUGGUGGUAUUGGUGUUAAUUUAACAGGAGCUGAUACAGUUAUUUUUUAUGAUUCUGAUUGGAAUCCAACAAUGGAUGCACAAGCACAAGAUCGUUGUCAUAGAAUUGGACAAACUAAAGAUGUACAUAUUUAUCGGCUUAUAAGUAAAAAUACAGUAGAAGAGAAUAUAUUAAAAAAAGCUAAUCAAAAACGUUUACUCGGUGAUUUAACAAUUGAUGGUGGUAGUUUUGAUGUAAAUUAUUUUAAAAAAAAUAAUAUACGUGAUUUAUUUGAUCAAUCAACAACAUUAGAAGAUAUUGUUCGUGAACGUAAUGUUUAUCAACAACAAUUAGAUAUUAGUCGAGCAGCAACAACAACAACAACAACAACAACAAUUAAUACUAAUCUUGAUAAUAAUUUAACAUUAACACAAUAUGAAGAAGCACUUGCAUCAGUUGAAGAUGAAACUGAUCGACGUGCAGCUGAUGAAUUAAAUAAAGAAGUUAAAAAUGAAUUAAAUGAAUUUAAUGAAGAUGAAACAAGUGAUUUAAAUGAAGAUCAAUUAAUUGAAAAACAAAAACGACAAAUGAAUAAAAUUGAAGAAGAAUUAAAAACACUUGAUGAACAACUUCGACCUAUUGAACGAUAUGCAUUACGUUGUGUUGAAGCUUAUCGUCAAGAAUAUCAAUUAACACAAGUUGCUCCAAAUACUCAUCUUGAUGCUGAACAAAUUCGAAAAGAUUGGCAAUUAUCACGUUUAAAAUCUUUAAAAGAAGAAGAAGAACGACAAUUAGAACAAGAAGAUGAUGAAAUGAUGUAUACAUAUGCUUUAGAUAAAGAACGACAAAUUAAAUAUAGUUAUACAUAUUCAGCUGCACAAAAUAGUUUAAUAGCAAAUGAAUUAGCACGACAUGAAAAAAGUUCAGCUGCUAUUGCUGCUAGUCAACCACCACCACCACCAACGGUUAUUCUUCCACCUACACCUCCGCCUCUUCCUCUACCACCUCCUCCUUCUACUCCUCGUCCUGUUCUCAUAAAACGUUCAUCUCAAACUCCAACUGAAAAUCUUCGACGACGUCGUAUUCAACCUCCACCACUACCACUACCACCACCACCUCCUCCUCCUUCUCUUCCACCACCACCACCACCAGCAUUAAUUCAAAAACCAUCUCGACUAAUAAAACAACAAACAACAUCUCAUAUAAAUAAUAAUCGACAUAAUAGUAAUGAUGAUUGUGUUGAUUCAACAACACUUCUUGUUGCUGAUGAUUUUGAUGAUGAUGAUGAUGAUGAUGAUUUUGAUAAUAAUAAUCGUAUAUAUUCAUCAAAAUCUAAAACAACAUUAUCAACAAUAACAAGAAAACCAAUUUCAAAUUUAUCAUGUUUAACACAAAAUUCAUCAACAACAUCAACAUCAAAUACAAAUGGACAACAACAAAUAUGGAUUGUUAAUUCCUUAGAUCAACAAUCAGUUCUAUCAUUAAUUAAUUAUAUUAAUCCAAAUUCAACAAAUAAUUCUCGCUCAACAGGAUCCAUACUUUUAAGUAAUAAAUCAAAUAUAAAUACAUCACCAGUGACAAAUCUUCUUACACAACAACAACCUCGUUCAUCAUCAACAGCUGGUACUGUUUAUCAAAUUCGUUCAUCACAACAACAACAACAACAACAACAACAACAAUCAUCACAACAGCCUCAACAACAACAACAACAACAACAACAAAAUGUUGUUUAUCAAAUACAAAAUGGUCGUAUAUUUCAAUCAACUAAAAAGACAACAUAA